CAAAGAGAGAGAUAGCAGGACAUCCGACGCAGCUUUCAAUGAAUUUUACAUCAGCAACAUGCGAUUCACAGCCACGCCUGCUCUAAAGAACACACCACACUAAGAUAUAAGGUCUCCAGUGGGCCGGUCUCCUCAGGUCUCCAGCCUCGUGCGUCUCUUCAUCUCUCCUCCUCUGAACUCUAGAAGACUCUGAGGAGUAAGAUUAUGGCUCUCUUCUUAUCCCGAUGCUCUCCUGUCCUCAUCCUGUCCCUGUGUGUCGUCCUUUCUCUUCCUCCAUUCUGUCUUCCUGAAUCCCAGCGGGAGGAUUCGUCUCUCCAGCCCUUCUUCUCUCCGGAGCUUCCGUCAGAAUUUAACAGUAACAUGACGGAUUUCGACGAGGGAUCCAAUGGGAAGUGUAGCGGUCUGGUCGAGUGUGCACCUGGAAUCAUUCUGCCUGUUUGGAAACCUGUGAAUCCUGGUCUGGGAGAACAGAUCGCCCGGGCCGUCAUCUACUUCGUCUUUCUCAUGUACAUGUUUCUGGGCGUGUCCAUCGUCGCAGAUCGAUUCAUGGCUUCUAUAGAGGUGAUCACCUCACAGGAGAAGGAGGUGACCAUCACGAUGCCAAACGGAGAGACGUCUGUGGCCACCGUAAGAAUCUGGAAUGAAACCGUGUCUAAUUUGACCCUGAUGGCACUCGGCUCAUCCGCUCCUGAAAUUCUCCUGUCUGUAAUCGAGGUGUGUGGUCACGGUUUCUUGGCCGGUGAUCUGGGUCCGGGCACUAUUGUGGGCAGUGCUGCUUUUAAUAUGUUUGUGAUCAUCGCGAUCUGUGUGUGGGUGAUACCUGACGGUGAGGUAAGGAAGAUCAAACAUCUGAGAGUGUUCUUCAUCACGGCCUUCUGGAGUAUCUUCGCUUACAUCUGGCUUUACCUGAUCCUCUCCAUCAUCUCACCUGGAGUCGUGGAGGUUUGGGAAGCUCUUGUCACUCUCUGUUAUUUCCCCGUUUGCGUGAUCUUGGCCUGGAUCGCUGACCGCCGCCUCCUCUUCUACAAAUACAUGUCCAAACGUUACCGUGCCGACAAAAGAACAGGGGUAGUCGUGGAGACGGAGGGAGAGAUGACGCCCAAAGGUGUAGAGAUGAUGAUGGACGGCAAGUUUCCGCUGAGGGCCGGACCCAUAGGGGUCGAAAAUUGCCAGGAUGGCAACACGGCAGGUGCUAUGGCAACCAUUCCCAACUCCAACAGCACCACUGUUCACUUGGAGGGUACCAGGGACCUGGACGAAAGUCGCAAAGAAGUGAUCCGCAUCCUGAAGGAUCUGAAGCAGAAGUAUCCUGAAAAGGAACUGGAUCAGCUGGUUGAGUUGGCUAACUACUACGCCCUCCUUCACCAGCAGAAGAGUCGAGCUUUCUACCGCGUCCAGGCCACGCGUAUGAUGAUUGGCGCAGGUAAUGUACUGAAGAAACACGCAGCAGAUCAUGCUCGACGUACGGCGGCACCGGGCAUCGAUGAGGGUGUAGAAGAAGAGGAUCUGACCACCUGCAGUCGUAUUUCCUUCGAGGGCACUCACAGACAGUGUAUGGAGAAUUGCGGCACCAUCUCCAUUGGUGUGGUGUGUCGGGGGGGUCUGGGCGAGAGCACCUUUUACGUCGACUACUGCACGGAAGACGGCACGGCAAAUGCAGGCUCUGAUUAUAAAUACUGUGAGGGAACGCUCGUGUUUAAACCUGGAGAAACAAGGAAAGAAAUAAAGGUGGGCAUCAUUGACGAUGACAUCUUCGAAGAGGACGAACAUUUCUUUGUGCGUUUGCUGAAUCUGCGCGUCGGUGACGCCAAGGGCAUGUUUGAGAGCGAUGACGCUGAUCAGGGACCCAAAGCUCGGCUGGUUGAACCGCUGAUGACCACCGUCACCAUCCUAGACGACGAUCACGCUGGAAUCUUCACGUUCACCGACCGUCUGAUGCGAACGAGCGAGAGCGUGGGCACCAUGGAGGUGACGGUGGUCCGGAACUCUGGGGCCCGUGGAACCGUGAUCGUCCCGUACCACACAGAACCGGGGUCGGCCCAGGGGGGCGGGGUAGACUAUGAGGACACGCACGGGGAGCUGGAGUUCACCAAUGACCAGACGACUCAGACUAUCCAGCUGAGGAUCAUCGAUGAUGAGGAGUACGAGAAACAUGAGAAUUUCUUCAUCGUACUUGAGGAACCUCGCUGGUUAAAGAGAGGAAUAUCAGCACUGCUGCUGAAUCAAGAUGGUCCAGAGGGGGAGCUGAUCGCUGAGAAGGAGGAGGCCAGGAGGAUAGCGGAGAUGGGGAAACCCAUUCUGGGUGAACACAGUCAACUGGAGGUGGUGAUUGAGGAAUCCUAUGAAUUCAAGAGCACCGUGGAUAAACUGAUCAAGAAGACGAACCUGGCGCUGGUGAUCGGCACUCAUUCAUGGAGAGAACAGUUUGUGGAGGCCGUGACUGUAAGCGCAGGUGAUGGGGAUGAAGAUGAAGAGGAGGGCAGAGUGGAGCGUCUCCCAUCCUGCUCCGAUUACGUCAUGCACUUCCUGACGGUGUUCUGGAAGGUUCUUUUCGCCUUCGUCCCGCCAACAGAAUACUGGAAUGGCUGGGCCUGUUUCGUGGUGUCCAUCAUUGUAAUAGGUCUUCUGACAGCCGUCAUUGGAGAUCUGGCAUCACAUUUCGGCUGCACCGUUGGGCUUCGAGACACGGUCACGGCGGUGGUGUUCGUAGCUCUCGGCACUUCGAUUCCAGACACGUUUGCAAGUAAAGUCGCCGCGACUCAGGAUCAGUACGCAGACGCCUCUGUGGGAAACGUCACGGGCAGCAACGCUGUAAACGUGUUCCUGGGCAUUGGGGUGGCGUGGUCCGUGGCGGCCGUGUAUUGGGCCGUCCAGGGAAAGAAGUUUUACGUGGAUCCCGGGUCACUGGCCUUCUCCGUCACGCUCUUCACUAUCUUUGCCUUCAUCUGCAUGGGGGUGCUGUUGUUCCGGCGCAGACCGUCAAUCGGAGGAGAGCUCGGCGGCCCGCGGGUCCCUCGUAUCCUCACUAUGCUUCUCUUUCUGGGUCUGUGGUUCCUGUACAUCCUCUUCUCCAGCCUGGAGGCUUACUGUCACAUCAAGGGUUUCUGAACGACCAGCCAGACGAGAAGCAAACAUCACAACUGCAGUAAACACCCACUACACACAUACAAUGAUAUCCAUGAAAAAAACGAGUGGGGAAGCCAAUGUCAUACACUAAACGCAAGAAAAACUACACACAGACCUAUAACACAUACAGCGGAUGUGAAGCACUGAGUUCACUUAAAUAAAUCUGAGAAGAAAGAAAUGAUAUGAGAGAUGAUGAGAUGAGAUGCAAUGAAAGAAAUAUUUAUAAAUGAAAAAGGAAAGCAUGUAGGGAAGAAAGACAAACAAUGGUGUGAGGAAGAAGGAAGAAUGGUUUAAAAUAUUCACAUUUCAAUCUCUUCAACUCAAGGACGGGAUAGACAGCCUUUGUUUCUUAUAGAUAGGUUUCUUGACAGGUCUUUCUUUAUAGAGUAAAAGAUGAAAGUUUUCUUCAGAUGUUAGCAACUUCGAUGAUGUUUUUUAGUUUUAGGGAGAACGUUGCAGAAGUCAGCCGAGUCUUUUCCGGGCUUUGUAUAUCACAGACUCUGAAGUUGUCAGAGAUAUUGUAGUAUUUCUAAUCAGGCUGAAUGUACACUCUGCAGUUUUUCGGUCUCAAGUGACUGUGAUUUUAAAAAGCUAAUGUGGACUGUGUCAGACUGUACAGUAUAGAUUUAGACUAACUUUGGUCAUGUUCUGACAGCCUCAUUGAGACGUGAAAUGAAAACGGUAACGCACGAUCCCCUAUUAAAAACAAUAUCUCCUGCAUGAGAAAAUAAAGAGGAAAUGUGGACGGCUCCUGUUCGGUCAUUUUGUUGAUGGAAUCAGAAUGAAUAUAGUCACCUCCAGAAACAUCUGUCAGAAACUGAUGAUUUGAUGUGGACUCAUGACGUUUCGGAGAACAGAAACUGCACAUUGUUCACCUGGUUUAAAACAACAGGAGAAGACCUGUCUUCUCGUCUCCAGAUGUGAUACAAAUUCAAUAAAAUUUUCACAUGAAACACAAAAACUUUAACAACAUAGAAUGGAACUUUUUUAUGACAUCAUAACACUGACUUUGGUCUCCUGAAACGCAACACAGUGGUUCAAUCUGUCUUGUUGCUUAAUGACAAUAAAACUUUUCUCCAUGUCUGAAGAGACCUUCAUCGUCGCUGAGAUCAGACGUCGGUCGAGUGUUUUGCAUGCUCUGCAAAAAUAUAUGUCGACUCCGUUUUAUUGUUUCAAGUAUGAAAUCACAACAAUGUUACUUCUACUUUGGAGCUACAAGAAUAGCAUCUGCUGAAUGAGUUCUAACUUGUCUUGAACUGUUUAACUUGAUAAUGAGUUUUUCAAAUGUAUUACAGUACAAAAGUAAGAGUGAGUUUAUGCUUUUUUAUUCAAAGGCUCUUCUGGAUUUUAUUACAAAACACUAAAGGAUAAAGAAGGUGAAUCUUACGAAACCACGCCAGAAUUAGAGUGAAAUGAAAACAUAAAUAUUGUAAAAAGUAAAUAAAGCCUGUUUUAGGACCCCUUACUAUUCUUUUUUUUACUGUAACUGUAAAUCUUGCCAUGAUGUGUACGUUGUUUACUUAAUACAAUUUUGUUUUGCAAUUUUUCAACGAUAGUCAUGUGAUGGAGUUUUGGUCCUGAAAUGUCACAAUGCACUGUCACAGGGCCUUAAAACACGUUUUUAUUUCUCUAAAUGUUAUUUUGUGAUUUGGGGUGAAUAUAAAUCAGAUCUGUUCUCUUUCCUUCUGAAAGGUCACUGGUUACUGUACAGUUUCUCUCCAGAUUUGUAAACCUGUUGUGGGCUUCUUGUUCUUCAACAAUUUAGCAGAUAAACAAGGAAGAAGAUAAUUAGGUCUAGCCAUUCCAGCUGAAAUCCAAUUCGUUGUGUCUAAACCGAAAGAAUGCUGGUUGACUCCCUGUGAGAUUUUGACUCCCCUACUUCUGAUUGGUUUCUUUGAUUUAGGAUGCUGCUCUGUGAUUGGUCCCAUUCUCUAAAAUCCGCUCCAACACAUAAUCUUAACCCUAAUCUUCGUUGGGGAAAACAGGGUAUCAAAAGGUAGUCCGAUUUUGACACCGGUUUCUGACAGAUUCACAACAAAAUCUAGUUUACGUGUGGAGCACUCAGGAUUGUGUGUAUAUGUAUGUUUAAAAGAAUUUUCAAUGUUUUUUAUGUUGUCGGCUCAUCUGUCUGCUGUUUGUAAAAAAAAAUUAAUGUACGUGAUGUCCUCCAGUUUACUGUACGUCAGGACUUUAGUCUGCAUGAUGUACUUCAUAUGGACAGAAUAAUAACGGCAUGCUUUGACUCUGAAGACAUGCAUGAAUCUGAAGUUUACAGUGUUUGUUCUUAGAAAGGACGAUGUGUUGAUUUACAUUAGACAACAGAUUGUCAGACUACAAUGACGGCCGCAUGUGUCGGAUGUGUUUAGUCAAAAUAUGUUUCUCUGAAUUCAGUAAUGACAAAUUAUUAAUAUAUUAAUUUAUUUAAAAACAGAUCUGGAUGGUUUUUUUUUUAGAUAAAAGGGUACCAGUAUUUGUGUGAUUUUAUUUUGGGUUUUUUUCAACAUUUUUGCUUGACAUGUUUGUAUUGUUUGUCUUGAAUACUGUUCAAGUCUCUGUUUACAGUUCAGCAGUGAUAAUUGAAAUCCACUGACUGGCGUGUCGUUUGAAAGAGAACACGUGAGAUUUGAUUUCGUAUGUUCAAUUUCAUACUUACAAACUUAACCAGACUGUUACUCAUUUGGUCAUCUGUUUAUUCGCACCCGCACAAUGGUGUUAAAACUUAAUUUCAGUUUAGAAAAUAUAGAAAAUAGUUUCUUGGAUUUUCGUGAAUUAUGUUGAUAUGUAAAACAUGAAGGAUUGGGAAACUCUUAGAUUAUCAGAAACCCAAACCCAUCUUUUGUUUCCUGUCCAGUUUUUGCCUUAAGAGACUUCUACCAACUACUAUAUCACAUUUAAUUAUGUAUUUUUUGUCAUGUUAUAAUUGUAUCUGUUCUGUGUACUGUUUGUGUUUAACCCUGUGCAAUGAUAACCAAAAUGAUUGAGACGGAGCGUGCAAUAUGCUAUCUUCACCUGAGUGUCAGCAAUACAUUGCAUUAAAACUCUUCUGUUCUUCUUAUGCCUGUCAGACCCGUCUCUUGCGUCUUUAGCUUUUCUUUAGUGCAUGUGGUUGAACACUGAUGAGGACGUGCAAUACAUGAGAGAGAUGAGGAGGAGAGUCAGGAGAUUUCGAGAACGUCCACUGUUUCUUUCCAUGUUCCUUUGUUUGUCAAUGUGAAAUGAUUUCAAUGGUGACUGCUGUAGGAUUCAGUUUAUCUGUAGAAAUCACUUGUUUCCCUCAACGUCGGAUGUUUACUCUUUAUACGACUGUGUUAAUGUCAAAAGAUUUGUACAACUUUUUGGAAUACGACUUUGUGACGUUUUCAGUCUGUGUUUUUCUAUUGCCAAUUUGCUCAGAUUGAUCAGUAGUUAUUAAUGGUUUUGAUAACUGUUUCCAAGAUAUUCUCCACAUAACUAACAAGUGUUCUAUCUAUCUAUCAUUGAUGUAAAAUCAUUAUUUUUGCUCUGGGCCAUUCAUUGAUUUCAGAUUAAUUUGUCUUGUGACUCAUGAUAACUCAUGUAAAUGACAUUGUAGUUGAGAUGUGUCUUGUUUUCUGGACUGUGUGAAUGGUUGAUGUUCAUUGAGAAGAUCCUUCUGGUCUUCUCUGACACCUGUCUUCUUCUUCACAUGUAUUGAUAGUGAUGAUGAUGUGUUCAUGACCGUAAUGUGAUGCGCUCUGCUGUUUUUGUGCACGUGCCUAUUAUGUGCAACAUGCAUGAUGUUCCUCUUUGUACGCAUGAGCAGUUAUUAGUGCCAAUGUUUACAUGUAAAGCGCAUUCGCUUUUUAUUCAUUUAUUAUGUUUCACAAAAUACACUUAUUUGAAUUGGAGGCUGAAAACAAUGUAUUGGCAAACCAGUUCUUUACUCUUUCUUCCUUCAAAAUUGUUUUUUGUUCUGAAUGUGUCUUGUUGUCCUGACCUGUUUGUAUGUUGUCUGUCUUUAAAUUCGUCUUGCUUUUCCUCAUGUUUUUAUGCUCUUUCAUAUGGCCAUUCCUCUCUCUGUCUGUUAUAUUAAAUAAUGACUGACCUGAUGUCAAAAAUGAAAAAAUGAUGUGACUUAUAUUGAUCAAAUACUGUAACAUUUACUAGAAAGUAAUGUUUUAUGUUUCUGGAAGUAGGGCAGAAAAGUCAGGACAAAAACUAAAAGGCAGUAGAGAUUUGGAGAACAUGGCAUGUUUUGUGUAUUAAGAAAAAACAAUGUAGCUGUUAGAGUUUAGGCAGAUCUUACUAAAUAAAGAUUAUUUAUUUUAAAAA